AUGCGGGUUUCGGACCGCAAGGCGAACAGUGCGCAUUUGUUCUGGGACACCCAACCUGUACUGAAGGCAUCAGAGCUUAACAGCCUUACGCCAGCUGACGAAGGUCCCAUUGAUGCAGCCAAGACCAUUGACGACGUGCGCAAGGAGCCUUACAACCUACCCAGUGGAUUUAUAUGGUCCGAAUGUCCAGUUAAUGAUCCGGCGGUCGUAGAUGAGCUGUAUCACCUGCUGGCGCUGCACUACGUGGAAGAUGACGACAAUCUGUUUCGCUUUAAUUACGGUCGGGAGUUUCUUCCAUGGGCUCUGGAUCCCCCCGGAGCCAUUAAGGAGUGGAUAAUCGGCGUGAGAGUCGAGUCCACUAAAAAGCUGGUUGGUUUUAUUACGGCGAUCCCAACAGCAUUACAGUGCAACGGCAAGAGAGUCCAGGUGGCCGAGGUGAACUUUCUGUGCGUUCAUAAGAAACUUCGCAGCAAACGCCUCGCCCCCGUGCUGAUCAAGGAAAUUACUCGGCGGGUUAACCUGAAGGGGAUCUGGCAGGCGGUGUAUACAGCAGGCGUUGUAUUGCCGACCCCAGUUGCCGAAUGCCGCUACUGGCAUCGGUUGUUAAAUCCAAAGAAGCUCGUGGAACUUGUUGCCGCUUCCUGGAGAGCUGUUGACGAGGCUUUGACGGACUUGUCAUUAAAAGUGUGA